AUCUUUAUAUAAUUCGCGUAGAGGAAAGGAUGCCAUGCCCCAAGCUCGCCAUCGUUAGAUAGUUGGUAUUUCGUGUUAGUGUUAGUAGUAUCUAGUGACCUUAGCUCUUUAGCAUUGAACAAGCGCCCGCGUAACCCAAUUAUUUCAGUGUUGACCCAACUGUCGCUAAAAUUAGAGUUGGCGCCGAUCGUUUCCCGUGUUUAUUCCCAAAGUUUGAUCGGUGAAUCGAGGAAGUGUGAUGAGUAAAGGGAGUUAUUCCACGCCGCCCCCGUACGGGCCGCCCCCAGCUGCUCCUCCCAGCUACGCACAGGCUGUUGGGGGUGUCCCUCCUUCCAGCCCUUAUGUCCCGAACCAUUCCUUCAUUACCAAAGGCCCUGAAAUAGUCACCACUGUCGUACCAGUCGGCCCAAACCCAACGCAUAUGAUAUGUCCUCACUGCCACGCUGAAAUCGACACAACGACAAAGUCAAGGCCGGGAUUGAUAGCUUAUAUUUCCAGUGGAAUCCUUUGUAUAGUCGGAUGCUUCCUAGGUUGCUGCCUCAUCCCUUGCUGUAUAGAAAAAUGCAUGGACGUCUCCCACACCUGCCCAAACUGUGAUGCGUACCUUGGAACGUACAAGAGAUAGACCCCAUCGAAAUUGUUGAAUUGUGCACAAUCAAUAUUUGUGAAAAGCAUUUUGUUUAUUUAUGAAUCUCCUUAGAAUAUACAAUAAAUAUGUGUUAUCUUGGAAAGAAUUGUAAUUAAGUUCAAAUAUAGCGAUGAUAAGACGCAAUUAUUGUUUCUGAAGAUAUAUUUUGUAAUGUUUAUUAAUACAUCAGUAUGAAAUGUAAUAAAUCAAACCACUUGACUUUACUGUAAGCGUUAACUAUUGAAGUAUUUAUAACCAA